CGUUGUUGUUAAGUGCAGAAGUUAGUCAUUUGGACGUUGGUGAUGAGCUUCAAUAGAGAACGGCUGAGAUCAUCAUUUACAGAAUGGCUCCUCCUCUUCCUGUGAUCUUUCAGCUCAUGAUUGUGGGAGCUUUUGGAACAGAGUGGAGUGUGAAGUACAACCAACAGGAAAUCUGUGCUUUAAAAGGAUCCACAGUGUUUAUGAACGGAACUUUUACUCACCCAGAAAAUCUCACAGGGAUUACUACAUUUUGGAUGAUAAAUCCAGCCCACGAAGUGGAGCCAACCGAUAUGUCUGAAGAUCCAGACUUCUCAGGCAGAGUCGAGUUUUUCACUGAUGAGCAGAAACACUUCUCCCUCAAACUGAGUGAUGUGAUGAAGAAGGAUGAACAUCAGUUCUGCUUCAGAAUCAGAUCAAGUGUAGAAGAACAAAAGUGGUUGGGUAAACCUGGAAUUGAGCUGGGAGUCACAGAGCUCUAUGUAGAAGCUCCUGAAGAAGUGACCGAGGGACAAACAGCAGAUCUGACAUGUAAGACCACCUGCAGUCUGACUGACCCAAAAUUCAUCUGGUACAAAAAUGGACAUCCUUUAACCACAAAGACCAUCAAGAACAACCAGCUCCACCUGCAGACGGUCAGUAGUGAGGAUGCAGGCAGUUAUAGCUGUGCUGUAGGAGGAUCUCAACACCUCCACUCUACUGCUCACAGCCUCAGAGUCAGAUAUCCUCCAAAGAGCGUCUCAGUGUCCAUCAGUCCCUCUGGUGAAAUAGUGGAGGGCAGUUCAGUGACUCUGACCUGCAGCAGUGAUGGAAACCCACCUGUGAAGAACUACACCUGGUUUAAAGAAGGUGAAACCUCACCUGUAGGAUCUGGACACAGUCACAGUCCUCUACAGAGUGGAUCUUACUACUGCGAGGCUCAGAAUGAACAUGGAUCUCUGAGAUCAGCUCCAGUGCCAGUUGUUUUAAGCGGCUACUCCACAAUCCUGUAUGUAGCUGUUGGAGUCGGACUUUGUGGGAUUACAGCUUUUCUUGCUGUUGUUUCCUGGAGAAGCAGAAAAAAGAGGCAGGAUGGAAACACAGACGAAGAUCUCUAUGUGAAUCUGGACCCUCGUUCCCAUCCCCCCGAUGACGAUGCAUCCAGUGAUCAUGACUACGAGAAUACUGCACAUAAGCCCUGUGGCCAAGUCUGACCUGAACCCCAAUGAGAAUGUGUUCCUCCCCUGCAAGAUUCACUGCUGAACUUUUCCCAUAACCGGAGUUCACCUAAAAGCAUCAAAAGUGCCAAAAGAGGUGGUUUUUUUUUGUUUCCUCUCAUUCGUGCGGACAGCUAAAUUAACUCUGCCCACUAUAAAACAAUGCGCCCCCCGCCUGCUCUC